AUGGACAAUAUUCAAGCAGCAAUCGGUCAAAUGUUAAAUGAGGAUAAACGACGAGAUACAUUUAAGUUUCUAACUUCCUUAACUGGUCUUAAACUUAAUCGAGAACAAAUUUUUGUUAUUGGUGGUGGUCAACAAUUUACUCAUCGUCAUUCCACAACAGUUAAUUCGGCUGAACAACAAAUUUCUGACGACACAAAUAAUUCUGGUGUAUCAAUGCUCGAUUUACCGGAUGAAGUUUAUCUUCAUCUUUUUUCAUUUCUUAGUCCAAUAGAUCUUUGUCAAAUAUCAAAUGUUUGUAAAAAAUGGUAUCGUCUUGCUACAGAUGAUAAUCUUUGGCGUCAACGUCUUAUACGUGAUAUGAAAUCUUGGUCAUCCAUUAGUUCUCGUUCUAAUCCAUUGAGUUAUAUCCUUGUUCAAUCAGAUCGUUCACAAAAAGAAAUAUAUUUAACAUGUUCCCCAAACAUACGUCGUUCACCAAAUAGUGCAGAUGAAAGUUUCGUUCCGUUUACUCGAUUGACAAAUUAUGUGCUAAGUUGGUUUCCUAAUUCAAAAGACUUGACUAUGUUUGGACCGGGAUUAGAAAGUUAUACAUCUCCAUUAGUAAAAAAUCUUCUAUGGGAUGAAUCGAAACGUUUUCAAACCAUGGGCAUGAUACCGGGCCAUGCUGGAUUUGGAUCUGGUAUCAAAAUGAAAUUACAUAGUUAUUUAUUUAAUUUAAUAACACUCUACACAAACUGUAUGCAAGAACGUGAGAAUCGUACAAAUACCGAUCGAUUAAUAAAAAAUAAUCAUCUUGUUCAAACAAAUGAUAUUGAUCAUUUUGAAAUUAGUUCACAAGUGCGUGAUGUUUGCCGGGAAGCAAGUGGUCUUAUUUAUGUCAUUGAUUCUAGUCGAGACAAUCAAUUAAGUGAAUUUUGUACAGAAUUACAAGUGAUGACAAGAGAAUUUAGUUAUCUACCAUUAUUGAUAUUGUCAUGUGUUAGAAACAAUGAAAUUACUAGGUGGUCAGGAAUUGAUGUUGUGCGAGAUUUACAAUUAAGUUCACUUGGUAAUCAAUGGCUAGUACAAGACUGCUGUGUUGAUGACAUGAGUGGUGUGGAAGAAGGUUUUACCUGGUUACUUACACUAAAAAGUAAUAAUAAUCUCUUUUUUGGUCCAACGAGUCCAGCAGAAUUGACAACGAACUAA